AUGGGCCGGAUCACAGAAGAUCUUAUUAGACGGAAUGCUGAACACAAUGACUGUGUAAUUUUUUCCCUGGAGGAACUCUCCUUGCAUCAGCAAGAAAUAGAAAGGCUAGAACACAUUGACAAAUGGUGCCGGGAUUUAAAAAUCCUCUAUCUUCAAAAUAACCUCAUUGGAAAAAUUGAAAAUGUUAGCAAACUCAAGAGACUUGAAUAUUUGAAUUUAGCUUUAAACAACAUCGAAAAAAUUGAAAAUUUGGAAGGAUGUGAAGGGCUGACAAAACUCGACCUGACCGUAAAUUUCAUUGGAGAGCUGAGCAGCAUUAAAACCCUUCAGCACAAUAUCCACCUGAAGGAGCUCUUUCUCAUGGGUAACCCGUGUGCUGACUUUGAUGGUUACAGGCAGUUCGUGGUGGCAACUCUUCAACAAUUAAAGUGGUUGGACGGUAAGGAAAUAGAGCGAUCAGAAAGGAUCCAGGCAUUGCAGAACUUUCCAGUAAUUGAACAACAAAUCAGAGAGCAAGAGAAAGCUUACUGCCUCAAACGAGCCAAAGACAAGGAAGAGGCUCAGAGGAACCUGCGAGAAGAGGAGGAAAAUGAAGCCAAGGGGAGAAGUUACCCAGGCUUUGAGGGACAGAGGUACGCAGACAUCAGGGCUACUCUACUAGAGAGCAAAGACCACAUCCAGGCACCAGAAGGACAAGAAGGAGAAUGCAACCAAAAGAAGUUCAAGGACAGCGAAGAUGACCUGGAAUUCUGGAACAAGCCCUCUUUGUUUACUCCUGAAUCUCGAUUGGAAACACUUAGGCACAUGGAAAAACAACGGAAAGACCAAGAAAAAUUAAGUGAAAAGAAGAAGAAAGUGAAACCACCCAGGAUUUUGAUCACUAAAGAUGGGAAAGCCUUGAAUGUAAAUGAUCCCAAACUUGACUUCUCCUUGAAAGAUGAUGAAAAACGUAACCAGAUCAUCCUGGACCUUGCUGUCUAUAGGUAUAUGGACACCUCUUUAAUCAAUGUUGAUGUGCAGCCAACUUAUGUCCGAGUCAUGGUCAAAGGAAAGCCAUUCCAGCUUGUCCUUCCUGCAGAAGUCAAGCCUGACAGCAGCUCUGCCAAACGAUCUCAGACGACAGGGCAUUUGGUGAUCUGCAUGCCCAAGGUAGAUGGAGUAAUCACAGGUUGGAGACAAACAUCAAAGCCUGGGGAAAGUACCUUGGACAGCAGCAGAGAGCACACAAACCAAAGAAGCAAGCAAAUUGAGAAACUAGAAGUAGAUCCUAGCAAGCAUUCCUUCCCUGAUGUGGCUAACAUAGUUCAAGAGAAAAAACACAGGCCCCGAAGAGUUCAAUCUGAACCCAAAAUUACAGCAAGUGAGGAAGAUCCCGACUUUGAAGAUAACCCUGAAGUGCCUCCAUUGAUUUGA